CAAAAGUGCAUAUUAGCUAACCCUUAACUAUAUUCCUAACCUGCUAUGUUAAUUCUCAUAACCUACGAAAAGUGAACUAUGACAAAAGCUGUAUCCAUCUAGUCAAAACCGAGUGGAAAUAUCAACCGGAUGCUUCAGAUUUAUACAUCCGGUGAAACAUCUGGCUACUUGUUCUAUCUGUGGCCAUGUUGCACCAACGGGCUUACGGUGAAGUUAUCUCAAAAAUAUGGUUUAUACGGUUUCAAACAACACUGAGGUCGAGUUCGCAACAGGUUUGCGUCCGGCUUCUCCCCAGCCCUGGCUCUUUCUUCGACGAACCGGUGCACGUGAAGGUAGAUGGACUUUCUCCCCACCAGAAAGUAGAGUUGAGGUCCAAACUCAAGGACGAUAAAGGGGUCAUUUUCAGAGCUUCCGCUCUGGUCGCUGCAGAUGCUAGCGGACAGGUGGACCUGUGUCGCUCUCCCUCUCUGGGCGGCAGCUACACGGGAGUUGAAUCCAUGGGCUUGUUUUGGGCCAUGGCGGCCGAGACUCCACACAGCAAACUGUUAAAAAAAAAUGUUUUGGGUUCAAUGAUGGUUGACAUAGAAGUGCUGCAUGGGGACACAGGUGAGCUCUUGGCCACAGAGACCAACGAGAGGCGGUUCAUGACGGAAGGGGUAAGGAGAAUACCGUUGGGCAUGAAAGAAGGGAGAAUUCGGGGAGUCCUCUUUCUACCACCCGGGCAGGGUCCAUUCCCCGGUGUACUGGAUGUGUAUACUCUGGGUGGAGGUAUAUCAGAGGUCCGGGCCAGUCUGCUGGCUAACAAAGGCUUUGUGGUUCUGGCUCUGGCCUACUAUGGCUUCCAGGACCUGCCCAGAACAGUGCCCAAAUACUUUGACCUGGAGUACUUUGAAGAGGCUAUCACUUUCCUGAGGCAACAGCCACAGGUACAGGGUCCAGGAAUAGGAAUCCUGUCCAUCUCGAAGAGUGGGGAUCUGGCUCUGUCCAUGGCCUCUUUUCUCUCUGGCAUCUCAGCCACAGCCUGGAUCAACGGCAGCAACGCUAAUACGGUGGUGCCACUGCACUACAAAGACCUCAUCAUCCCUUCCAUCACGCCUAUUGUUGAGAACGUCACCUUCUCCCCGUCCGGCAUCCUUGACAUCCGAGACGCCUUACCGGACCCAGAGACUGAGGUGAACCGCGGUUCCGUGAUCCCAAUAGAGCGUUCCAGUUCUAGGUUCCUCUUCGCCGCCUCUGAGGACGACAGGAACUGGAACAGCUGUCUCUUCGCCCAACAGGCCGCCGCCCGGCUGAGGCAUCAUGGGAAAGAGAACUUUGAGGUGGUGAUGUACCCCAGGGCGGGGCAUUUUCUGGAAGUACCCUACAUGCCCCACUGCCCGUCUGGCUUCCAUCCCGCGGUUGGUCAAGUGGUGGUGUUUGGGGGAGAGGCUAAAGCCCACCAUCAGGCUCAGCUGGACCUGUGGAGGAGGGUCCAGGAUUUCUUCAGGAAACACCUGAAGGGGAACAACACUGGCGAAAAAGCUACGUUAAAUACUAGAGGAUUACGCUCCACCAUCCAGGCAAGCACACUCUCCUCUGCUUCUCCUUCCAUGGCUCCUCCAAGAACAAGAAUGAAGCAGAUUUUGUGACCACAGUGUCAGCACAAAUCCUGAUGAAUGAGCUCCCUGCUUGUUAUGACUGACAUGGGACUGUGGUCAAAGACAGAAGAAGAUUGUUGCGGCUUUAUGUCCCACCCGGGACGAAGAGGACUAGGUAGAGACACGUAUGAUUGGUCGUAAUGUGUCAGGGACCUUCUCACAAUGGUCUCACUGUGAUUUUGUGAGUGUCAAGUUUAGUGCCCAUUGACUCAUGUCCUCUAUUUAUCCUGUCUUUAUUUUAAUAAAGACAGGUUUGAUAUUGUUGAGUCAUAUUGUUGGAUGCAACAAUGACAAUUCAGCCCAGAAGAUAAAACCUGAGGACAGUCAGAACACAGCAAUUCCUGCAGAUGGAUGUGUAAAAAGACAGAAGAGGUGUAGGACAAUAGGACACCAUGUCGUCACUGAAAUAUCUAGAUCAACAAAACAUAGCCGGAUCUUAAACUGAUCCCCAUAGAAUUGAAAGUGAACAGACAAAUCCGUCACACAGAACCCCUCAGUUUUAAGUCAGCCUAAACAGUGGUCUAAAAAGCACAGUGUGGGGUCUCUGUGUGCAGUGGUGACGUUACUCAUGCUCGAGUAAUCCAAGCUUUUUCCCCCUCUGAUAUCGUUGUUCAAGAACUAUUUGAGGAACAGCGUGUUCAUUGAAGAUUAGCCAGGAAAGAGAGGAGACAGGGCUCCCCCAUUCUAAGACAUUGUAGUUCCCCCUGCAUGGGCAGCCGUGAGACAUUCUCCUCUGUUUGACCCAGCUGAUCUGGGCCUGUCCGGCAGCACUCCAGUGUGACCACAGGCUUUAGAUGGGCCUGAUUGGCUCAGCGGGUGGCUAAUUGGAUAAGCUUUUAAUCUUCACACUAUCUCCGCCCUGCUGGAUCAGAGGCACAGGGAGGCAGAGAUCAGUCCUUUGGUUUAAUACUUAGUAAACAUUUCAGGACUUAGUAAACAUUAUGGACAACAGAAUCAUGACUCACUAAAGAUAACUAACAGGAUGCAUUCAGAUGAUAAUGAUUUAAUCUGAUUUGGGGACUGUGGAUUAUAUGACCAUUUUGACCUCAUGUAAGCAUAUUUUUUAAUCAGUAUUUAGAUUGGAAUCAGACAUAAUUAAAAUUAAAUUAAGAGAUUUAAACCAAUCUGAAAGGACAAUGUAGACAAGUGUUGAAGUCUCUGUUAUUCUACUUGGAUUGCCUCAAUUUACAUAAAGUCCACAUACUGUGACAUACAGUUGUUUUUUACCAAACCACAAAUAAACUCUUUCUCAUCUGGCUUCAAUGGCCCUGCACUGCCUGUAGACUGUCAUUCCAGCA